UGCAUGGGUGAAACAUGGCUGCUGUAGACCCGUCGGAGUCUCCCACACGACAGAAAUGCCUUGCGGAGGAUGUGGAGACGUGUUCGGAGAGGAGCGAGGCGGCGGAGCGCGGACGCAGCCUGAAGCAGAAAGACGAACCCACACGGAGCGAAAGCACCGAGAGCCGCGACGAUGAGCGGAGAGUCGGUGCGGGCCAGGACGGCGGCGGUGUCGCCAGCCAUUCGGAGGUUAGUGACGAGUCCGGUGCUGGAGCAGACGAAACGACAUGUAAUUCACUGGAGGACCAGAAGACGGCCGGAAAAAUGGCCGAGGUUGCGGGGAGCAAGCAGCGGGCUUUCGACUGGUCAGAAAACGAGGACGGCGAGGAGCAGGAGGAAGAGGAGGCGCACUCACACAAGGAGGAAAAUGAUAAGAGUGACCCCAGUAAUGUUACAGAAAGGGCUGAUAUGGUGCAGCAGGAUGCACAUGUUGAUGGUACUGUAGCCGCUGAUCCGAAGGAGGUGCCUGAGGAGGAGAACCCACAGAGGAGCACAGAGAUGUUGCCUGAGGAGCAGAGGAGCACAGAGAAGGUUCCUGAGGAGCAGAACUCACAGAAGAGCACAAAGAAGGAAGUGCCUGUGGUGCAGAACUCUGAGAGGAGCCCAGAGAAGGAAGUGCCUGUGGUGCAGAGCUCUGAGAGGAGCACAGAGAAGGAAGUGCCUGAGGAGCCGUUAGGAGACGCAGACGGGACGGAGGAGGUGGUUGAGGACGAGGAGGAGCCAGACCGAGGGGAGGACCCUGACCUGGCAGCCAAGCAGAAAAAGUGCCGUCUGGUGUGUAAGGAGUGCGGCAUGAGGUUUAGCCGCCGCGAGACUUUCAACCUUCACCGCCACUUUCAUGCGCACGCGGACGAGCUCACGCCCCUCACCUGUAAAGAAUGCGGCCUUACCUUUCAGCACCGCAGCAGCCUCAUCAAACACAAAACUGAACACAAAGAGAAGGAGGAGGAACUUGUUACUCCAAAGAAGGAGGUGCAAACGAAGGAGGAGGGUAGUGUUCAAUGUGCAGAAUGUCGAAGGAUCUUCACCACAGUGAAUAAGCUGAGGGACCACAGCUGCAGCAAUACAGCCGAGAAGCCUUACCACUGCCCCCUGUGCCGCCAAGAUUUCCAGUUUAGGAUGUCCAUCACAAAGCACAUGAAGACCCACUCCCGGGAGAGCAUGUUUACGUGCCAAGAGUGCAAUAAGACCUUUCCAAACUCCGCCGACCUGCGCUAUCAUCAACGAUGUCACACCGCCCUCAAGCCCUAUGAAUGCCCAGAGUGCGGCCUGGUUUUCAAACACUACUCUGUCAUGGAAGACCACCGUCGCAAGCACACGGACAGCGCAAGCUCUCACCUGUGCACCAUCUGUGGCAAGACCUUCAAGUAUAGUAGCCUCCUCCAUCAGCAUCAGUAUCUUCACACGGGCCAGAAGCCCUUCCGCUGCCCUGAAUGUGGUAAAACAUUUGCCUUCGCCCAGAACAUGAAGGCACACUGCCGCCAGCAUAGACUGCGUGAAACCAACUCCCCCAUUGAGCAGCCCUGCAAGCCGAUGCCAGUGCCAGUACAGGAGGAAGUUAAGGGCGUAGGAAAAGAGAAUUCACACCAAAGUGAAGAAACAAAACGCACAUUCAGGUGCCCUCUCUGUCCGGAGGGCUACAGCUCACCAGCUAACCUGAGAGCCCACAUGCUCAUUCACGAGGCCGAGUAUGAAACGCUAGACAGAAUACCCAAACCCCCAAAGGACAUUAACAAGCACUGGGAAAAAGGACACACGUGUCCACACUGCCCCUGUGUUUAUCGUGAUGAAUCCAGUUUAAAGAUACACCUGUUAAGUGUCCACAAGUUGGUAGCAUAUUUUAAAAAGGUGCCCACACCAUAUAAAAAGAAAUUAAAUCUGCAAAGUGGUGAUAAUGUGCGGGUAAAAUGGAGAGGCGAUGGAAUAGUUGUUGAGACACACAAAUGUCCUGAGUGUGGAAAAGCGUUCCGCCAUCGCUCAGUGUUAGAACUGCAUAUGCGCAUACAUACCAAGGACAAGCCGUACCAGUGCAAAGUAUGUGGUAAAAGCUUUAGAUUCAGUAGCUACUUGCAGCAGCAUGUCAUCAUUCAUACUGGCCAAAAGCCAUACAAAUGCCCCGACUGUGGGAAGGACUUUGCCUUCCUGCAGAACAUGAGAACCCAUCAAAAGCUGCAUCAGGAGAAACCAUUCCGCUGCACCAACUGCCGCAAAGGCUACAGCGACGAGACCCAGCUGCAGCAGCAUAUGCUGUCGCACAAUGGUGACAAACCUCACAAGUGUCACCAGUGUGAUAAGAGCUUUGGGUUGGCCUAUCUCCUCCGUGAUCACAUGAACACACACACAGGAGAGAGACCUCAUCGCUGCGAUGAGUGUCACAAAACCUUCUCCUGGUUUAGUAGCCUGCUCGUUCACCAGAAAAUUCACACUCGUAAGCACCAAGGUUUCAGCCAGUAUAAUUCUCUCGCGAUUAGUGCUAGGAUGAGAGGAAGGGGUAACAGAGGGAGGAGAGGGGGGAGGUCCAUGUUGGGCUGGUCCAGACCGUUAGGAGGCUCAGGGAUGCUUAAUUUUCAGCCAACUCAAAUUCCAGUUUCUGCACUAAGUGGCCCUGAGUUGCACAGAGGGGCAGGGCAGCCACAGUCUUCCAUGGUCACGUCGCACUUUGAUUUACAAAGCAGGCAGAUGAAGGAGCCGCGGAUGUCCGAGCUGCAAUCUCAGCCGGUGCAGUGGAAGGUGGAUGGUGGAGAAGUCAUGCCUGUCCCUUUGUCACAGCAGCAACACACAGCUCCACGGCUAGCGCAGAUUGACCUCCCGCUGCAGGCAGGUCUGCAGCAGAGGAUAACUCAGCCAGGCCCUGCACCGGCUCAGAGCUUAGAGUCAUCACACGUGAAAGAGAGCACAGCUUCUUUUGUCAGCUCGCACCUGGCAUCUGUGCCAAAAAAAUCCAGUCCACUAGCAGUGAGUGCGAUAGAGCAGCACAGGCAGCCCAUACCUAUUACAUGGAGCAUGGCACCCAUGUCCACAGUGGUAGCUUCCACAAGCUCCCUGCAACGUGAUUUCUCUAUUCCCUCCUACAUCGAUGGGGCGGCUCUGUGGAGCAUCAGACCCUCUGCAAAUUCACAAAGCAUUCCAACUAAGCUUGGUCAAGAGCUAAUUUGGAGAGCAACACAACAAAUAUCUUCCACACUUCCUAAAAAAGAGGACAAUAGAGUGUUGGAUAUGAGUAAUCUUCAACUAAUACCGUCGACUGUUAGCCAGCCGGGGAAGCCGUGGGCCUCGGGCUUAGCAGGUGCAUCAGCUCAAAAAGACCAAAGCAGUGUGGUGCCAAUUUCAACUCCUGUUUCUCUUGCAGUAGGUAGCACCUUGUGGGACAUAAAAACAACACCAGGAAUUCCAAAGACUAUAAAUUCCACUGAGAACUUAGUAAAUCAAGAUUGUCAGCUGCCGCAGAAGCAGGUGUCAUCUGGCUGGACCAAUUUACAAAGUCAGACAGCGACACAGCAGCUUCCCAUCUCCAUUCAAUACGACCCACAUCGUUUUGGCCAGGGGAUAGGGACUUCAGUAUGGGGCUUCAAAAGUAAUGCUGUUGGUCCCCAAACACUGAUCACUAGGCAACUCAAACCAGGGAAUGGACCAGAGCUACAACAACAACCAAUUGUAACAGGCACUCAAAUAAUCAUUAAUCAGCCUUCGCCUUUUUUCACGCAGUCACUUGCUCCCCUCCCUCUUGCUAUGCCUGGCCCCCAUCCUCUUCACACUAUCGCACUUCCAAGACCUCAACACCCAAAUAUUUUUUUCACAUCACAGCCAAUUAUGAGCGAGAGGCCCCACAUCCCACAGUCCCUGCCCCUACCUCAAGUCACCCCUCGGACAGAACCUCACAAACGACUUCUCCAGUGCAUGAUAUGUGGGUGCUCUCUCCCUCGAGAGCAGGAUCUACAAAUGCAUUACUUGCAACAUGCACAAGGAGAGAUUUGACAUUUUUACAUUACCAAGACUUUUAUAUAUAAGUAUAUAUAUAUAUGAUUUUUAAUCUUUGGAACCUCAUUUAUUUGACCCUCAGUUGUGCCGCUUUACAAGUAAGUGGAUUGGCAUUGGAGACAAAAACAAUGAUAUCAUUCGCACAUUUGAUGCACCUUUUUAUAUUCUGUAGUUCAGCUUCACAUUAGGCUGUUUGAAACAGAGGGUGUAUACAUGUGUCAUUAAAUCUUUUUCGCUUUUCUUUUCUUUUUUUUUUAAUUUUAUCUAAGUUAUUCAAAUAUUUCAAUGGUUUGAAUAACUUCUGAGCGUUGGUGAUUAAUGAGGUUCUGUGAUCUACAUUUCAUUCAUUGUCAAUGACAGUUAGAUCUAGAUAAUAUUAGUACUUUUUUUUAUAUCUCAUACGUCCUGAACCAUUUGAACUGUGUUUCUUCAUGUACAGUUUACUGUGUGCCUUUUAUGAGUACAGUCUGCAUGUCUGCUGUCCUGGUAUUCUAGGCCUAGUUUGUGCUUAAGGUAGACUCAACAAUGUGACCUCACUCCCAAAACAGAGAGCUAAAUCUUUGAAGAUACUGCAAAGAAACUCAAGUUUUAGCUCUUGGGGCGGAGCAGUGCCAGGGCAAUGGGAGUUGUUGUGCUCACAUGUGUCAGAAUAUACAACAAAAGCUGACUACACAGUAUAAUUCUGAGAGGAAGCACUUGUAUUCACAGGGCCGGUGACUGGGUCCAAGUAUCUUGAAAAGUUCUCAUUGUGAUAAUUUGUUCACAGAAAAAGUAUCUAAAAAAAAGCUAAUUUGGGAUUGUUGAACUUUAGGUCAUUUCACAGUGAGCAUUUUCCUGUAAAUUAAAGUUUAAUUAUUAAGAGUAAUUCUUGCAAAGAGGGAGAAACAUCUGUCGGUCCAGAAUUGUUUCAAUGGUGAAUCCCGUAAUAAAUUAGAUUUGGAUUUAUGUGAUGUUUUGUCAAAAUACUUUUUUGCAGUUGCAGGACAAACAACAAAUUAAGGAUCUGAGAUGGAUGUUUUGCUGUAAUCGAUGCAAAGUCAACACUUUUUUGGGGCAAUUGAUAAUCAUCACUGAAAAAUGAUAAUUGGAUUUUACACUGAUGCUGGUUGACAGUGUUUAGCACCUUACUAGAAUUACUAUUUCAAAUUGGAAUGUAAAAAACAUUGAAGUCCACUCCACUGAAUACAAUACAAUGUAUGAUUUGUGAAUACUAAAUAAUUUCAUUACACACCUGUAGAUUUAGAUCAGUACAGUAUCCCAUCUCCACUAUCAAACUGGAUAUCUGAGUAGCUCUGGUUGCACUAUAAGUGACUGAAAAUCUUCAUUAUUACUGUAAAAUAAACACAAGGUCCAUUUGUAAAGAAAGAAGAACUGUUUCUGUGCGUUUUCACAUUCAGCGUCUUAACAUAGAAAACAUGUGCCCUUCUACCUCUAUCCACUGUUUUGGCAUGGAAAGAAAUAGAAAUUUCCCACGAUGUCUACAUAAUAAAUAAAACUUUCUUUUGAUAUUAUAA